AUGGUCUACGCCGUGGACAUAAUCACCUACGUCGGCAUCCCUCUCGCUGUGCUCGGCGUCCUCCCUACUAUCUACACCGCGUUCAAGGUCCUCCUCACCCUGCGCGAGAUCCAGCGCACCCUCAAGAAGAAUGGAGUCUCAGCCAUCACGCGCAGUGCUCUGCUGUCCGGCAUCGUCGAGAUCGAAAUCCCUCGAAAAAGUAUCCACCCAUUGCACCGCUCCGACCCGCCAUAUUUCCAGCUCUCGAAAACCCCGUCCACCCUGAAAGGCGGCAGCUGGACGGUGUUCAAUUGGAAAGAGAUGGUUAUCGGGGUCAAAGCGUACAGGAUACAAUACCACGACGAGCUCAGCCAGCCACAGGCCGAGAUUGAUUUCGAGCAGCUCGUUGCUUUCCUGCUGGAUAGAGGAGCAGUGCCCGACAAGGCAGGCUUCAGCGACUUGAGGAGCUCAGGACUAUGGACGCCUGCAGGCACAAAGCUGCUUCUUGCGCCGACAACGUCCGACGCGGUGCUCAUGGUUGCAACAUCUGACGAUUCCGACGGCAUACUCUCCCUCUCGCUACACUGGAAGAAGGAAUGGGACCUCAGGAACUCCGACUCUAUGCCGCCAUACUGGACGCGCAUCGACCCGCCCUCAGAAGGCGACAAUGUCCCGCUCGCCCUCAACGGCUCGAAACCCGAGCCCCCCAAAGAAGAGAAAGAAGGCUUCCUAGAAGACGACAGCGACCAAGACAGCGGCCUCCUCUCUCUCCACACGCCCUCCCCCAUCCGCCUCCGCAUUGGCUCCUCGGGCAUCGAAGAAGCCUACUCAGAAGCCUCCCCCAAAACGCGCCUCUCCCUCCCCCACCUCCACGAUCAAAGCCCCGCCUCCGCCUACUCCCCCUCGAGCUUCUGGUUCUCCUGCGCAGCCACGGCCCUGGGCGCGCCCAAAGGCGGCCUGUGGAGCUUCGCAAUCCCCGCCGACGUGCUCGCCGUCGCGCGCCGCGAGACGGUCCCGUGCGGCGUCCUGGUCCUUCUCGGCCUGCUGACCGACGACGACGUGCCGACGUGGCGCACGCCGAGCGACGACAACGCCGAGAACUUCGAGCGCCACAUCCGCUUCACCGAGCAGGCGCGGCGCAUCGCCGACGAGCUGCGGCUGCCGCUCGACCAGCAGGCGGCGGCGCGGCAGAAGCGCAUCCGCGACGACGCGACGAACUUCCACAAUGAGAGCCGCCGCCGGCAGCUGCGCGAGGACCAGCGGCGCGAGCAGGCCGUCACCGAGGCGAUGCUGAGCCAGAAGCUGGGGAUCAAGAUCGUGGCGGAGGCGUGCUUGACGUGGCUGGUUAAGAAGAGCUAUGUAAAGGAGGAGACAUCGGUUGCGGAUGUGGUGGAGCAGGUCUUGUGGGCGAUGAUCCAGGACGAGGCCGUUGCGACGAAGAUGGCGACGAUGUUGGAUCAUUGGAAGAGCUGGAGUCAGAGCGGGGGCAUGACCAAGGCGCAUUAUGCGAUGUUGAGGGAGAAUCAGAGCGCGUUUGCGCUGGCGGCGUGUGUGUUGUUUGUGAUUAAGACGACGACGGCGGAGCCGACGGGGAGUGUGGUGUCGGAUUUGCAGGAGUGUUUGAGGAUUUGGAAAAGAGUGAGGUUGGGCUGAUGGACGUUUUGCAAUAUAUACCCAGAUAUGGGAGGUCUUUUGAUUGUACCACGCUCUGUGGAGUGAUUCAGUGCUCCGUUGAAAUUACAUGUUAGAUGU